GGCGUUGCUGGUGUCGAAUACGUCCCUCUCAGUCGCAUCGCCGAUGGUAAGAUCGAGUCCGCCACCGCAGUUCUCCUCCAUUCCCUCGCAUACCUUCCACGUGCAGCUCAACGCCGACUCCGUCCUCACCAGCUCAUUCUGUGCCUUGGCUCUGCUGAUCGCGCUGUCGAUUCCACACUCGCCGCCGACCUAGGUCUCCGACUUGUCCAUGUAGAUACUUCCCGAGCCGAGGAAAUCGCAGAUACAGUCAUGGCGCUUAUCCUUGGACUCCUUCGACGGACGCAUUUACUCUCUCGCCACGCGCUUUCUGCAUCUGGAUGGCUCGGAUCGCUUCAGCCGCUUUGCCGAGGAAUGAGACGGUGUCGUGGUAUGGUUUUGGGUAUAGUUGGCAGAUCUGUAUCCGCUCGAUAUUUGGCUAGCAGAAGC